AUGGCGACACUGGGACCCGCAGUGUCCUCGCUGCGCUCAUCACUCACGCUCCUCGAAUCAAGCAUCUCCAUCCUCGAUGAGGGCGUGAACGAUUUUCCACGCCUGUGCAAGGUCCUGCAAACUCAGAAGCACUUCGAACUGCUGCCAGAACCCCAGUUGCGCGAAGCACAGCAGUCGCUUGUCGACGAGAUCGCUCCAGCCAUCAGCCAGCUUCUCUCGACCGCGGAGAACUACGUGAACCAACUAGCGCGCAAAGAAGACAGUCUCAAAGCGCGUUCCGAAUUGCUCGAAGGACGGCUACAGUACGGACGCAAAUCCAGUCUUGCUGAGGCGCAAAGCGGUACCAAGAGCCAAGCUCCGCCAUUGAGUGAUGCGAGGUCGUUGGAGAUGAAGCGGCUUCAGCAGAAAAAGGAGCGCUUGCAGUAUACGAUCCAGCGCCUGGAGUUGGAAACAAAGCAGAAGGAGCGUGAGUUGAGGAAAAGUAUGGCCUUUGUGAGAGACUGA